UUGGUGGAGUGAUGUGAGAAUGAGAUGGUAAUUGUACUGGAUCGCUUCUUCGUCUUGUGUUGUCAACGAAGACGAAGACGAAGCUGAAGCUGAAGCAGAAGCAGCAACUUUAACUGCAACACAACACAACACAACACUCAGGGCUCAGGCUGAGGCGGCGGAGAAUGGAAAACGCCGACGUUUUCUUGGGCUUACACGACUUCCUAGAGCGCAUGCGGCAACCCUCCGCCGCUGAUUUCGUCAAAGCAAUCAAAAGUUUUAUUGUUUCGUUUUCAAAUAAUGCUCCUGAUCCUGAGAGGGACAGUGCCGCGGUUCAAGAGUUCCUUGCUAAUAUGGAAGCGGCUUUCAAGGCUCAUCCACUUUGGUCUGGCUGCUCUGAGGAGGAGCUUGAAAGUGCCGGUGAAGGGCUUGAGAAGUAUGUCAUGACGAAGUUGUUUGCUCGUGUAUUUGCUUCACUUCCGGAUGAUGUAAAACUUGAUGACCAACUUUCUGAGAAGAUGGCUUUGAUUCAACAGUUUAUUCGGCCAGAAAAUUUGGAUAUCAAGCCAGCAUUUCAAAAUGAAACAUCAUGGUUGCUUGCACAGAAAGAAUUACAGAAGAUCAACAUGUACAAGGCACCCAGAGACAAACUUGUCUGUAUCUUGAAUUGUUGCAAGGUUAUUGGUAACUUGCUGCUUAAUGCUUCUGUUGCUUCCAAAGAGAAUCCUCCAGGAGCUGAUGAAUUCCUUCCUGUGCUAAUUUAUGUUACCAUAAAGGCAAACCCUCCCCAACUGCACUCAAAUCUGCUGUACAUACAAAGGUUUAGACGCCAAUCUCGAUUAGUUGCGGAAGCAGCAUAUUAUUUUACAAACAUGCUCUCUGCUGAGUCCUUCAUCUCUAACAUUGAUGCAAAAGCCAUUUCAAUGGAUGAAACUGAGUUUGAGAGAAACAUGGAAUUUGCUCGUGCUCUUCUUUCUGGGCCUUCAGUGGAUACGCAAGAUCCCAGUUCACCGUAUCAAAAUUAUGGACUUCAUCCAAGUGCAGAACCUACUAUGCACAAAAAUAAAGCUUUGAAUGAUAAUAAGGACCCUUCAUUACGAACUCCAUCAUCUGUUGCAAAAUCAGAAAGUAAGAAAGUGACAUUUGCAGAUGAGUUUUCGAUCACAAAAGUUCCAUCCCUCUCAGAUUUGGAGAACAAAGGGGCAAGUAUGCUUUUAAAGGAGGAUAAGGUGAAUGAAAUUUUCAGGGAGUUUCCAUAUUUGUUUGCUAGUGCUGGUGACCUAACUGUAGGUGAUGUUGAAGACCUGCUAAAUAAUUACAAACAACUUGUUUUCAAGUAUGUAUGUCUUUCCAAGGGGUUAGGCGUCUCUCCUAUAUCCCAUCCUCCGUCUAAUCACCAAAAUAAUGAUCAAGAAGACCAUGCUGAAACCACAAUAAAUUCUUCAGAUGGUGGAGAUGUAGGUGCCAAUGAUAAAUCAGAAAAUUCUACUGAUACACCAGAGGAUAGUUCAGAUAAAGUUUCACUUCUUGAGGAGGAAAAAAUUGAAUCUGGUCUGCCACAGGAUGAGGCAGUUGCACCUGAGGGUGGUGCCCCCUCUUAACAAAUUGGAACUACCUACGAUUUUCUUUUCUUCUUCUUCUUCUGUUUUUUUUUUUGUUUAUCAUCCACCCCUCAUUUUUUCACUCUUUUUCAUGUAAAUUUAUUUUAUAUUUCCGUCUUGUGAUAGCUGCCCUCUUUCUUAAUGCGUGGAAUGGCAUUACCAUGACCACUAUGCCCUCUGUAACAUUGUUCUUAAAAUAGAUUUUAGAACUGCAACAAAUAUAAAUUUUGCGUUUGGUUUUGCAAUGGAUAAAGAAUAAG